GUUCGAUCGAUGCAGUGGAAUUCGCCGUCUCUUCCUAAUUUUGUUCCUCUAUCGUUUCAGCUCGCCGGCUCGCCCCCAAGCGUUCCCUUUCGCGUCCUCGUCUUCUUCUAAGGUCGCCCCUUUUUGUCGCUCUCGAUCUCUGUGCUGUCGAUCGCUUCGGGCCCUGGUGAUCUUUCGAGAAGUUCUGCGUGAUCGGUUAGCCUCGGAUUCAAGCGGGCCCUUUUAGUCGUUGAGAUGGUGGGAGAUUCGGCGUUUUCGGCGUUUUGAGAAUCAACAACAAAUCGGGGAUCAGAUGGCGAGUGCUAGGCGAGGUGAAGCAGAUCCAUCUUUUGAUAUUGAACAAUUACUUGUGGAAGCACAACAUCGAUGGCUACGCCCUGCUGAAAUUUGUGAAAUACUUCAAAACCAUGGGCAAUUUCGUAUUGCACCAGAACCUCCAAAUAAACCUCCAAGUGGAUCCCUAUUUUUAUUUGAUCGAAAAGUGUUAAGGUACUUCAGGAAGGAUGGUCAUAACUGGAGAAAGAAAAAGGAUGAAAAGACUGUUAAAGAAGCUCAUGAGAGACUAAAAGUUGGAAGCGUUGAUAUGCUUCAUUGCUAUUAUGCUCAUGGUGAAGAGAACAAAAAAUUUCAAAGACGAAGUUAUUGGAUGUUGAAAGAUAAUCUCAUGCACAUUGUUCUCGUCCACUACCGUGAAAUCAAGGAUAAACCAAGUCUCAGCCAUACAACAAGCCUCGGCCAUGCAAGAGAUGCCGAAGAAGUGAUACACAAUUCUGCAACUUCCGACUCAACUAUAAGCCAGACGCAGCCUCUUUCACAAACCAUAGUUUGUGAUAGCCCCAGCAGCACCUCCCACACAUCAGAAUAUGAAGAUGCUGAAUCAGCAUAUCCAAAUUAUAAUUUGACGCGGCAAAUAAUUGUCAAACAAGUUCCAGAUACGACACUUUCACUGAGAUGUGGCGACAUGAUGAUUGACGAAUGAUGGUGUCGACAUUUUGAGCCCUUACAUUCCCUUCCAACGUUGC